AUGUCUUACUAUGAUGCGUGCAAUGCUAUGCGCGGCUUGCUUGAAUACUCUGAGAAAAACCAGAAAGGAAUCUACAUGGAAAAGGCCUUCCUCGUCAUCAGGUAUCCUCGGCGCCAGAAACAGACCCUCGGAGCAGGUGAUAUGCUGUAUGAUGAGAGCGUCACUACACCUGCACUUGCUGCCCCUACGAUGUUGACUCAGCGAGAUAAUCAAGAGCUAAGGAGACAAGAGGUCAAGAAUGCCCUUCAAAAUGUUCUCAAUGGAGGCUAUGCGGAUUGUCUACCUCAAACCGCAACGACUCAUCUUGGGCUCUCGGAUAGAAUUGAUGUCCUUAGAAGUGUUGGGGAUACCUAA